GCGGGCAGGGUUGGCGUGGCCUCUACAGCACUUGUCCAGCCAGAUGCUGGUCCCAGGCUUCCCCCUUUAGGAGUCUGGUGUCCUGAGACAAAGGGAAUUUAACAUAAAGUAGGGCUGUGGAGCCCUUCAGGCCACUGGAGAAGGUGGUCACUGGUGGGCUCUGGGAAGGGAGUCCCCUCGGGCCUCUGUGCUACGGCCACAGGUGUCCGUAUGUUUGGUUCCAGGGAGGGCCUUUCCUUCCUCCCCAGACGCAGCUUCUGCUGUUCCAGAAAAGAUAAAAAUAAAGCUUGGUCUCAGCAAGGGCUCAGGGGUUCCUUCUGAGACCCAUGAGCCUCGGGGUGCUGUUGAGAGCAGGAUUUCUGCCAAAAAUAAAACACGGCUUCCUGGCCGCUGGCCUGGGAGAGCCAAGAAAGUGAGUGGCAUGUCCGGGACCGAGGGUGGCGGAGAGCUGAGCACAGGCCCCGAGACGGGCCGUCCGGCUGCAGGGGCUUUGAAAACUGACCCGGGCCCGUGGGAGCCAGUGAGCAGGAGCCGCUCCCGACUGUGCAGAGAGGCGCUGCGUUCACGGAAACCACACGCUUAAAGUCAGACGUGAGCAUUUACAGCACAGGCGUGAAAGUGGCAUUUAAUCACAUGCCAACUGUGCGGUGUCACCACUGGCCACUCCAGGAGCCCCGUGCCAUCCAGCGGGCGCUUGCACACCCCUCCCCUCCCCACCCUUCUGCCCCGGUGACCACCAGUCUGCUUUCUGGUAUUUUAGCUCAAUGCAAGAAGGAUUUCUCAAAAGCUGGGCUCAGAGAUGAGUGUGUCUGUAAAUCGUAUUGACUCGAUAUUUGCGCCGUCAAGCGAUCCUCUCCUGGGAAGGCAGUUACGUCACUCACUGAAAUAGAAGUAAGCAGGUGGUAAAUGACUUAAAACAGAUGCCGAAAACAUCUACUCGUUGUGCAGCUGCAGUGCAGAGAAUGGUGUGACGUUCGACUCCCCCUUUCUGCUGUGUUUUUAGAAAGGUUAAAAUUACCUCCUUUUGUGCCUGUGUUGUGACUCACUCAGUGAACUCCUCAUGGACUUUGUUCUAGAAGCUCUGUGUUUCUUUAUCAUAUUCUGAUGGACAGAGGACGUGGCAUCGACUACAAGACGACCACCAUCCUGCUGGACGGGCGGCGCGUGAAACUGCAGCUCUGGGAUACUUCGGGGCAGGGAAGAUUUUGCACCAUAUUCCGCUCCUACUCUCGGGGUGCACAGGGUGUGAUCCUGGUCUAUGACAUUGCGAACCGCUGGUCUUUCGACGGGAUCGAUCGAUGGAUCAAGGAGAUCGAUGAGCACGCUCCCGGAGUCCCCAGGAUCCUGGUGGGGAACCGCCUGCACCUGGCAUUUAAGCGGCAGGUGCCCACGGAGCAGGCCCAGGCCUACGCCGAGCGCCUGGGCGUGACCUUCUUUGAGGUCAGCCCUCUGUGCAAUUUCAACAUCACGGAGUCGUUCACGGAGCUGGCCAGGAUCGUGCUGCUGCGGCAUGGGAUGGACCGGCUCUGGCGGCCGAGCAAGGUGCUGAGCUUGCAAGACCUCUGCUGCCGGGCUGUCGUGUCCUGCACGCCGGUGCACCUGGUGGACAAGCUGCCGCUGCCCAUCGCCUUACGAAGCCACCUCAAGUCCUUCUCCAUGGCCAACGGCCUGAACGCCAGGAUGAUGCAUGGACGGUCUUACUCCCUCACCACCAGCUCCACCCACAAAAGGAGCGGCCUCCACAAGGUGAAGCUCCUCCGCCCGCCCCAGAGCCCACCCAAACACUGCACGAGAAACAGCUGCAAAAUUUCGUAAGGAAGGCUCUGCACUGGGCACGGCGCAGUCUCUCCAGGAGAAACUCGGUGCCACCCAGGCAGCUGGCGGGUGCAUCUUGGAUUCCGGUGGUUUCUGUGAAUGUCGCCGCUUGGCAGCGUGUGCGGCGCCCCCUGGGCGGUGGAGACACACUGCACUAUCGGACUUGGGAUUUCCACGUGGGUGUGCAUGAAGCUUGUUUUAGAUGUGUGUGUAUAAAGGGAAAAUUAGUACUCUGCUCAACUCUCGGUAACAUGAAAUGUCGAAUGUUACUUACACGAUUGUGCUGCAACUUUUUCCUUAAAAUAACUGCUUUUGUACGAGCGUAAUAUCCGAGUGGUUCGAAUUUGAGAGGCAGUGGUGGUGAGAAUUGAGAGCCAUCGAUAUUACAAGGGGGUCUUUUUGUAAAACUCCUUUUUAACGUCAAAGCACCAAUUUAUAAAACGCUGCAGAUGUGGGGGUCACGUGCCAGCGAACUGUCCGGCCUGUGUAUCCGGAUUUGAUAACGUUUUUGCUAGUUAUUUACUACAUUUUGGGAUUAAUAAGUGAUUUAUAUGCAUAUUUUUCUGUGAAUCUACCUUUUUUUGUACGAGAUGUUCUACAAGUUAUGAAGCUAAGGGAAGAAAAUGCCGAAGAUACCUCUAGUCACGUUGAACAUUUUAGCCAACAGCGUUUCAGCAGGCCAAGGACAAGCUGCUUCAGUAAGGAACGAAGUGAAAACAUUAUUUAAGACAAUGUUUCUCCACAAUAAAAUGUAUAGUUGUUUCUGUCUUG